AUUGACUUUAUCAGUCCAAGGACAUCAUCCGCUUGGAAAGGGGGGGAAGUUUGAUCCUCUUUCUCACGGAUCGCAGUCAACGGGAGUUUUUUCUCCCAACUCUCUUCGCAGAGGAUUUUCCCCGUUUGGCUUGGGUUUGUUUUUUUUUUUUUUAUUCUAGGAUUUUUUUUCCUCGCAAAACGUGGUAAAUCUCGACGCGGUGUCUGCAGCGUGCGCGCUCCGCUAAACUGGAUUUUAAUUUUGUUUUCUGUUUUCUCCCCGUCUCCUAAGUUUGCUUCAAGCUCAUGACUAUGUUGCUUGAUAGCGGUCCGCAGUUUGCAUCGUUAGGAGUGGGAGGUUUCGGGACACCGCGGCACCACGAGAUCGGCAACAGAGACCCGAGUCUGGGACUGAAUCCCUUCACCGAUUCCUCCCACUCCGCAGCUUUCAAAAUCAGCCCCGUGGCUCACGACAUCGCCUCUAGCCAGACGUCAGCGUUCACCCCGCAAGCCUCCGGUUAUGCAGCCGCCCUGGGACACUCUCACGGCGGGCAGGUGGGCUCGUACGGACCGGGUGCGUUCAAUUCAACACGGGACUUUCUCUUCCGGAACCGGGGCGUCGGAGAGCCAACAGCGCCGAGCGCCCAGCAUGGGAUCUUUGCAGCUUCGGCGGGGAGCCUCCACGGGCCGCCGGGGAUCACCGAUAACCCCGGGCAUCUGUUGUUUCCGGGACUUCACGACCAGGGGGUGAGCCACACUUCACCGAGCGGACAUGUGGUUAACAGCCAAAUGCAUCUUGGCUUGCGCGGGGACAUUUUCGGAAGACCCGAUCCUUACCGUCCGGUCGCGAGCCCUCGGACGGACCCCUACGGGGCUCAGCUCCACAACUACAACCACCCCAUCAACAUGAACAUGGGAAUGAAUGUGCCGACACACCACGGUCCGGGGGCCUUCUUCAGAUACAUGAGGCAACCGAUCAAACAAGAGUUAUCCUGCAAAUGGAUAGACGAGAACCAGAUGAACAGACCCAAAAAGACUUGCGACAGGACUUUCAGCACCAUGCACGAGAUGGUCACGCAUGUGUCCAUGGAGCACGUCGGCGGCCCCGAGCAGAGCAACCACAUCUGCUACUGGGAGGACUGCCCGAGGGAAGGGAAAUCUUUUAAGGCCAAGUACAAACUCGUCAACCACAUCCGUGUGCACACGGGCGAGAAACCGUUCCCGUGCCCGUUCCCCGGAUGUGGGAAAAUAUUCGCCAGAUCGGAAAAUUUGAAAAUCCACAAAAGAACACAUACAGGUGAGAAGCCGUUUAAGUGUGAAUUUGAUGGCUGUGACAGACGCUUCGCCAACAGCAGCGACAGGAAAAAGCACAUGCAUGUGCACACAUCAGACAAGCCAUACAUCUGCAAAGUGUGCGACAAGUCAUACACACACCCCAGCUCUCUCAGGAAACACAUGAAGGUACACGAGUCUCAAGGAUCCGAAUCCUCUCCAGCAGCGAGCUCCGGAUACGAGUCGUCCACACCGCCGGUGCUGGUCUCAGCCAGCACCGAGGACCCGACAAAAACACCGCCGUCAGCCGUGCAAAACACGUCUGGCCACAGCGAAGGACUGGCACCCAACUUUAAUGAAUGGUACGUUUGAAGCCCGAGGAGCGAGCCCUCUCCUCAAUGUGGACCACUGGGAUGAGGAGAAAUGAGGAUAAUAUUAAUUAAAAAGAAACGUUAAAAAAACAAUUCCUGUUCACUACACACACACACACACACACACACACACACACACACUAAUCACACACCAUCUCUCUCCAACACACACAUACACACACACACAAAUUGGAUUGGGACAACAACAACAACAACAACAACAGGAGAUGAGAGCAAAAGCCAGCAGCACGCAGGCCACGUCCGUUCUCAGGAUCACGAAAAAUUUGAUUCCACGUGUUUUGAGGAAAUCAGGAUAAACCACGAAUAAAUAAAUGAAUGAAAAAAAAAUAAAAAACGUAAUACUUUCUCAGUAUAAAUAAAUGGGUUUUUUAUCUUUUAGUUUACAGAUUUCAGAAGAAAAAAAAAUUGUUUUAUUUUUCAUUUUCAUGUAUUUUCUCAAAUUUUUAUUUAAAAAAAGAAUAAAAAAGGAAGAUUAUUUCAUGCUGUUUUAUAUGAAGGUGACACGGCUGCUGUCGCCUCUUCGAUUGAUUGUUGGAACUUCAAACAGUCUUAAGAAACGUGCCAAAGUCUUUGUCAUGAACUUGAACACAGAAAAAAAACAUCAUAAAUAAAUAUUAUACUCGUGAAUGUAUUUCCUUGUUUGAUGGGGUCGAAUCUGUUGUCAACGUCCGUUUUCAGGUGGAGAAAUGUGGUAUUAGGUUACGAUUGUUACCGUUGAAUAUAACGUUGCCUUUUGUUAAUACCGUUGUAAAUACAUAUCCAUGAUGCCAUAUUUAUCAAUUUGUAAUUUAAUUAUGGGUAUAAGUUCUGAAACUUAAAUGAUAUUUAUGGAAAUGUUUUCUAACAAGAACUGUACAGUUUUGGUCAUUAACAUUGAACAAAUGAUAAACUCUAAAGCUCCAACAUCGCGAUUGUAUCCUUCUGUUUUUUUGUUUUCCUUUUCUUUUUUAACCAAUAGGCCUACAUGUGUCUUAUUUGGAUCGAAGAAAUCAUCUAUAUGAAUAUUAUGGAUUUGUCUAUAUAUAAUGCAGAUAUUUCCGUCACUUUUAUUUUCUUUAUGAGACCAUUGACAUGUAAAUCAUUGACUUUGUAGAACUGAGUUCAGUUGAGCUGAGAAGCUAUAAAACGGUUCUGUUGAUAUCUUUAUUUUUGGUUAAAAUUUAAACUUUUUUUGUGUAUUUUACUUUUAUAGAAUCAGAAAUAGAUGUCAAUUCGUAGCAUAAACUCAGUACUGGAAAAAAAGAAGAAGAAUAAACCCAUCAGCCUAUUGCACUCCUAACACAGGUCUUAGGCGAGCGUGUGAAGGUCAUGAUUUCCAAAUCAAGGUGACACUAUUUUGAGUAUUUCAAAUUCGGGUCAUGCACCCAACUAUAUGCGCCAGUAUGGCACUCUUUAUAGUUCCAGCAAUGUCUUUGUGCAAGUAUGUUUAAAUGUGUGCAUCGGCAACAAUGGAACUGUCACAACACAGUAUCUUCAAAAAUAAAAAAAGUUUUUUUGUCUGUCAGCUUGCAUUGUUUUAAAUGUAAUUCUUCUGUGAAACUAAGCGUGUUAUUUGUUGUGGUGUUGCAUAUAGAGCAGUUUGAUUACACAUUUGCUUGUUUUGUGUGAAUAACUUGUCAAAGAUGACAUUUUUUGUGUUUAACAAAAAUUUAGUGGAAGGAAUUCUAGAUCUAUGUGGGUUGGGGGGAAAAUACGUUCAGKKRWAAAAAAAAAAAAAAGAAAACAAAAAAAGAAGAGUUACAGCAUUGCAUUGUAACCUAUUCUCAAGAAUUAAAUAUUAUGCAUACACAAAGUAUAUUGUACUCAUAUGAGAACAAUUUCAGACCACCAGCACUACUUUUAAAAUAAAAUGUAAAAAAAUGGUACCUCGUGACAGUGAUAUAUGAAAUAAGUUUAUUUAAAUAAUUUAAGGAAUAUAUGUUUUAUAUGCUAUUUUCUAUACCUUAAUUUAAAAGAAGUACUUUUUCUUAUUCCCACCACCUUUCUGCCCCGAUGUCCAGAGGUCAGAGGAAAAAAAAUCUGAUGUAUAAACACAGCUAGAAUGUCAUGUUGUAACACUUUCUGGGAGAAAUGGGUCACACUCCAAGUUAUUCCUGAAGAGCAAAAUGUUUUACUGAUGAACUGUGUCACUGUGCCACGUUGAGGCAAACCAUGUUACAGCAGCAGGCCUAUGCGUUCAGCUUAUUCAGCGACCAGAGGCAUGAGGUUCCUUGUACUUUUUAGGCUACUGUAUGUUGGUUGAUUUGUUUUACCAACUAUUUAUGAAGAAAUGUGAACGGAAAUUUUGACUGAAAUUAAAAAAAGACAUUAUGAAAAGCGA